GCGCUGUACAAAGCCACCCACGCCUCCGCCUCCCGAUUCGCCUCCUACAACUUCCACAACUACUUUGUUCGGCGGACAGACGAGACCUUCCGGCCCGUCAUCCAAUCCCUCGAAUCAGAUCCCAAAUCUAUGACGCCCGAGGCGGUGACGCGGUUCUUGGAGGAAAGGGGACAAGAGCUGGAGGUGUUGAAGCGCUCGGCGGAGGUGAAUAGGCUGUAUGAGGGGCCAAAGUUGGUGGUUGAGCAUGCGACGCCGAUAACGGGUGGAGGAGGGGCGGGGGCAGAAGCUGCGGCAGGCGGAGGGGGGCAGCCGAUAUAG